CCGACCUCCUACCAAGACAGAGGCUCAGGGACUCCCCAUCCCGGGGUGCAGCACCCACCUCUGGGGGACACGGCGCAAAGGAACAGAACAUUCCUGUGAUUUUUACAUCAUGGAGCAAAUUCUGGAGAUCUGGGGGGAGAUUUAUUAAAUUGGAUGAAAUAUUUGAUUUAGGGAAAAUGUCGGAUCCGGGGGGCAAUUCUUCCAGCCAUUUGGAUGGAGGGAACAGGAUCCUGCAGCUGGCGUGCCGGGCCGAGUGGAUCUCCCUGGAGCAGACGCUAAAAGGGAUCGAUAAAGGGGAAAUUGGCGGCACUGAAAUCGACCAAGAAUCAGGACUGACGCCGCUUAUGAUCGCUGUGAGGGAAAACCGACUCGCUAUUGUUGAGAGGUUUCUGGAACUGGGAGUCGAUCUCAAUGAGAGGACAAAGGAUAGUCGCACCGCGCUCCAUGUGGCUGCUGCGCACUCCAAGGAUGAGAUUGUGCGACUCCUCCUCGCCAAAAAGGCCGAGCCCAACAUCCCCGGAGGGCCCAAGGACCAGCUGCCUCUUCAUUACACGGCUCUUCGGCCCAAUGGCGCCAUCAAUGUCACUCAGACCCUUCUGCGAGCGUCACACAAGGACGCGAGACUGACGCCGGACAAGGACGGCUGCAUCCCAUUGGUUUUAGCCAUAGAAGCUGGCAAUCUGGGGAUCUGCAAGGAGCUGCUGUCGGCGACCCCCGAAGCCCAACUCAGAGCCGUUAGCAAAAAAUCCGGCGACACGGCCCUUCAUGUGUCUUGUAGGAAAAGGGACGCAGAUGCGGCUAAACUCUUGGUGGAAUAUGGAGCCAGUGUGGACUGCCAGAAUGUGGAAGGGCAGACACCAUUGCACAUUGCAGCCUGGGCAGGAGAUGAAAUGAUGCUGAAGUUGCUGCACCAGUGCAGGGCAAAUGCCAACCUAACGGAUAAGAUGGAUCGGACUCCCUUGCACGUCGCAGCCGAACGAGGAAACACCAAUAUCGUAGAAAUUCUUACGGAAAAAUUCCGCUCCAACGUUCUAGCUCGGACCAAGGAAGGUAACACUCUAAUGCACAUUGCGUCUCAGUAUGGCCACCCCGAAACAGCCCUGGCGUUCCUAAAGCGAGGGGUCCUCCUGCACAUGCCUAACAAGGCUGGGGCAGUGUGCCUCCAUGCUGCGGCCACCAGGGGGCAUGUGGCGGUAGUGAGAGCCCUGUUACAGAAGGGGGCGCACGUUGAUGCUCGUACCAAGGACAAUUACACGGCCCUGCACAUCGCCGCCGAGAGCUGCAAACCGCUGGUGGUACAGACCCUGCUGGGCUUUGGGGCCCAAGUGCAGCUCAAAGGGGGAAAGGCGCAGGAAACCCCUCUCCACGUUGCAGCUCGGAUUAAGGACGGGGAGAAGGUCGCUGAGAUGCUAAUAAAGAGCGGAGCCGACAUUAAUGUGGAGCAGGAGAACGGAGAGACGGCAAUGCAUGUAGCUGCCCAGCAUGGAAACCUACAGAUGAUAUCUGCCCUCAUAGAGGAAGGAGGGGAACCUACCUGGCAGUCAAAGAAUCAAGAGAACCCCCUUCACACUGCCGUAAGACACUGCCAUCUCCCCAUUGUAGAAGUGAUUCUCACCUAUCUAGCGAAUGAGAGAGGCCGAGCCGAUGCGGUCGGUUGUGUUAACCAGGCCAAUAAGGCCGGGGAGACCCCCCUGCAUUUGGCUGCGGCAGUGAAGAAAGAAAUGACCCACACACAAGGGGAGGAUGUUAAAAUCAUUCGGAUCCUCAUGGAACACGAUGGCGAUAUCUCUCGCCCCACCAACACGACCUCAGAGACCCCCCUGCAUUACUGUGCCAGGGUGGGCAAUGAAGACGUUUUGUUGGAAAUGAUCAGACAUAUUAGCUCCAGCCGAAUCCAACAGACGAUGAACAAGCAGGCAAAGAAUGGAAGGUCCCCUCUGUUGGUAGCGGCGGAACAGGGCCACACAGGCAUAGUGCAAAUCCUCCUUCAGAACCAGGCCCGAGUGGAUGUUUUUGAUGAGCAUGGCAAAGCCGCCUUGCAUCUCGCUGCCGAGAACGGGCACGACCAGAUAGCGGAUAUCCUCCUGAAACACAAAGCGUUUGUCAAUGCAAAAACCAAGCUGGGCCUGACGCCUCUUCACCUUUGCGCGCAGAAUGGGUUCAACCACCUUGUGAAGCUGCUCGUGGAAACCCAUUUGGCCUGCAUCGACGCCAUGUCUUUGACCAAGAGGACUCCCCUCCACAUGGCUGCACUGAAUGGCCAACUGGACGUGUGUAACAGCCUGCUGAACAUGAAGGCCGACGUCAAUGCAACUGAUAUUGAAGGACAGACCCCCCUGCAUCUGGCGGCUGAGAACGAUCACUCGGAGGUGGUGAAGCUGUUCCUGAAGCACAAACCUGAGCUGGUAACCUCCGCCAACAUGGAGGGAUCCACCUGCGCCCACAUUGCCGCCUCCAAGGGCAGCGCCGCCGUCAUUAAGGAGCUGCUCAAGUUCAACAAGACCGGAGCCACCACAGCACGGAACAAGACUAACGAUUCCACCCCCUUACACCUGGCUGCCGCUGGGGGCCACACUGACGCCGUGAAGGUCCUGCUGGAGACUGGGGCAUCUGCUUCUGAUGAGAAUGGGGAAGGGAUGACUGCGAUCCAUCUGGCGGCUAAGAACGGGCACAUCCAUGUCCUCGAGGCGUUAAAGGGCAGCGUCUCGUUCCGCAUCACCAGCACCAAGACUGGACUCACGGCUCUCCAUGUAGCGGCGCAUUUCGGUCAGUUGGAUUUUGUCAGAGAAAUUUUGACCAAGGUGCCAGCGACAAUGACCAGUGAACCCCCAAAAUCAGUACCCGAUUUGUUGCACAUGAAAGAGCAAAGUAGAGAGUCAGGAUACACCCCCCUGCACUUGGCAUCUCAGUCCGGCCAUGAAAGCCUGGUCCGACUUCUCCUGAACUACCCCGGGGUGCAGGCCGACACCGCUACCACUCGCCAGGGUUCUACCCCCAUACACCUCGCUGCCCAGAAUGGUCACACUGCGGUCGUUGGCCUUCUCCUCAGCAAAUCAACAUCUCAACUCCACAUGAAGGACAAGCGGGGAAGAACCUGUCUCCACCUCGCGGCUGCAAAUGGCCAUAUUGAAAUGAUGAGAGCUCUGAUUGGACAAGGAGCUGAAAUUAACGUGACAGAUAAGAAUGGAUGGUGCCCCUUGCACUUCGCUGCCAGAUCCGGAUUCUUAGAUACCAUUCGAUUCCUUGUGGAAUGUGGCGCCAAUCCGAUCCUUGAGUGUAAAGACGGGAAGACCGCCAUACAGUACGCGGCGGCGAACAACCAUCAGGACGUAGUGAGUUUUCUGCUGAAGAAAAACCACAAUACCCUAAAGCUGAUUGAGGACCGAAAGUUCGUCUUUGAUCUGAUGGUCUGUGGGAAACUAAACAACAACAGGGUCAUACAGGAAUUUAUCCUUAAUUCCAUUGCCCCCUUGGACACUGCAGUCAAGCUUUCUAGAGCUUUGAACAUCACAGCCUUCAAGGAGAAAGAACGAGCAGUGGACCUCCUCAAUGCGGCCAAAUACAGCGAGAAUAUGGCCACGGAGCUGCUCACCAUAGCCUCCGGGAGCACAAACGCCGGGUUCAUAUUGCGGGCCGUAGACCACAGAUGCACCACCAUAUUGGAUUGUUUGAUUGAGUGUGAGCAGAAGGACGUGGUGGCUCACCCAGCAGUUCAGAAAUACUUGACAGAAGUCUGGUACGGGAGCCUGGACUGGGCCACGUGGAAAUUGGUUCUGUUGUUCUUCACGUUCCUAGCCUGCCCGCCUGUGUGGCUGGUGUUCUCUCUACCUCUCAAGCAUCGGUUUAACAAGAUCCCUAUCAUGAAGUUCAUGAGUUACUUGGCAUCUCACAUCUUCCUGAUUGUUCUGUUCAUACUGACCAUUGUCUAUCCGCCGCUAAGCCCGAUAUAUGAAGGGCGUAUGGUGCCAUGUUGGAAUGAAUGGCUUCUCCUGGCUUGGCUGUCAGGGACGCUUGUCUCCGAACUCACCCACCAUGGAGAAAGAGCUGGCCUUGCCUGGAUACGAGUGUUUGUUCUGGGGUUUUCGGCGGUGGCUUUCUUCUGCCAUUUGCUGGCCUUUCUGUUUUCCGACAGAGAUCGGUUGCACUGCCUGUUUGCCAGAAACAUUUUACUCGGUGUGGCCAUGACUCUCUCGUUUGUCCAGUUUCUGGAGUUCCUCACCUUCCACCAUCUUUUUGGACCAUGGGCAAUAAUCAUUAGAGACCUGAUAAAGGACCUGACUCGAUUCGCCGUCAUACUGGCAAUGUUCCAUGUGGCCUUCACCAUGCAACUGUCAGCCGUCUACCAACCAGUCUAUCCCGAGGCCACUUCAGCUCAGUCCCUCAAUGAAACAGUCCACAGUGAGUCCAACAUUCAGGAUCCCAUUGACAUUACAGUCCUUUUGUUCUUCUCCCUGUUUGGUCUCGUUGAACCCGGGUGCCUUCCCUCACUCAACAGGACUCCCCAGUUUACUUUUGUUAUUGUCCGUUUUGUGUUCGGCGUAUACCUGAUUGUCACCUUGAUUGUGCUGAUCAACCUACUGAUUGCCAUGAUGAGUGACACUUACCAGAGGAUACAAGCCCAGUCGGACACAGAGUGGAAAUUUGGGAGAGCCACGCUGAUCCGAGACAUGACCAGGAAGCCAGGCACACCUUCACCCUUCAACUUAUUCACCAACCUCUUUUAUUACGUCAAGUUGCUUUGCAAACACAAAGGGAAAUUGUGCUCGGCGAAUGCCAGAAAUCUGAUGAGCGAGGAGGAUAUUGACGGCUUCUCGGACACGCGCUCCAUUGACCUCUUGGCGCAAACGUCGCUCAGCUGGAUUCGAACUCCGGCCAAGAGAACGAUGCAAGUGGCCCCAGAAGGUGGGCUGAAUAGAGACCAGCACUACCCCGGCCCUGUGAAAAUUGAGGACAUGACAGACUGGCACAAUGUCGGGGUGCGGUAUCUCUCCCUGAAAGGCCAGACGGACGCUGCUCUGUUUGAAAGGGAAGGUUCCCACGGGGGCGAGACGCAGAGCAAGGCCGUGGUUCCACUCAAGAUCCCCAAUGGGAGGAUAUAAUCUGGUAUCUGUCAUUAUGAGCUAAAUGGGAAACGACCCUUCUGAUCAAUAUGAUUGGACCAAUCACAGCAGAUCAUAAUGAUACCCCAAAAAUGACUUUCAUUCAGGGGUAUUCCCCAGACCCAAUUCUAUGUAAAAUGCCAAGUGGUUUCAGGGGGUUUCCUACUUUAUAAGUAGCUUCUAGACGAUUUGCAGUUGGUCAUUUCAUUUAUUUACAUUUUUUUGUUCUUCUGCUCUUAGCUGUCCUCUGGUUGCUAGGAGCUCACUUCUCUAGCAACCAGGGAGUAGUUAUGAAAUCAGCAUGGAAGGUGAACAGGAGAGGAACAAUAAACAAUAACAAAAUAACAAUAAAACUGA